UAAUCUUCCAUUUUUCCUCUCAAUUUUUCUCUCUAAUUUUCCUCCACAUUUUCCAUCCCAAAAGGAAGGAAAAAGAUUCCAAUCCCUCACACAGGAUUCGGGAGGAAGGAAAGUCCAGUUCAAAUUAUCUUCAAUGACUUCGGAUUACGCAUUAAAAAUUGCAGCUGAGCUUGAAUCAGCCUCACGGUUGAGGACUGCUCAGUUCUUGGUAACACAAAGACCAUGGCUUGAUCUUUAUGGAAUUAAUGUUAGACCAGUGGCCCCUUUUGGGAGUGUAAGUCGUGAACCAUCUGUUGAUGAGGCGCUCAUACACCGGAACUUGCCUGACGAGUUGCUUUUUGAGAUUUUUUCAAGAAUGACUCCAUAUACCUUAGGGAGAGCUGCUUGUGUUUGUCGCAAAUGGAAAUAUACCAUUCGAAACCCGGUGUUCUGGCGUAAUGCAUGCUUAAAGGCUUGGCAGCUCAAUGGAGUUGCAGAAAAUUACAAGAUUCUACAAUCGAAUUAUGAUGGUUCAUGGAGGAAAAUGUGGCUCUUAAGACCUAGACUCCGUACUGAUGGUCUCUAUGUCAGUCGGAACACCUAUAUUCGUGCUGGGGUUGUGGAGUGGAAGAUCACUAAUCCAGUCCAUAUUGUUUGCUAUUUCCGGUACAUGAGGUUUUAUCCUUCUGGCAGGUUUCUGCACAAGAUUUCAUCACAAAAAGUGAAAGAUGUGGCAAAAUUGAUGAACUUUCGCACCUCAAAAGUUGAUUGUAUGUUUAGUGGUCGUUACACACUUUCUGAAGACAAGGUUGAAGCUGCUCUUUUGUAUCCUGGGUUGCGUCCUACUGUUUGGAGAAUCCGCUUGAGAUUGAGGGGGACAACAGCUGGUGCUAAUAACCGAAUGGACCUGCUUUCACUUGUUACUAGUGGUGUGAAUGAUAAUGAGGUUAGUGGUCCAGACGAAGACAUUCUUGGACUAGUUGAAGGGUGGCAGGAGGAUGAAACGCAUAACCCUGAUGUUCCGGCAGUUUCACACAAUAAGGGUCUUACACCUUUUGUCUUUGUUCCAUUCGAUGAAGUUGAAACAUCAGUGCUGAAUCUGCCUGUAGACAAGAUGGAUUAUUAUGUUCCUGGGUGACAGCAGCAACAUUGGUUUUUGAGAACCUCAAAUUUGUAAAUAUUAAUGGUUUGUUUUGUGUUUCUUGGAGAUCUUCAUUUGGACCUGAAGAGUGUGUGCUCUAAUAAUGGGUGAUAUGUAUUCUUUUGUUUACAACAUGGACGUGUAAGAUGGUAUCCUAAAAUUAUAUAUUUCUAGUGUGGAUGAAUAUGAACUUAGUUGGCGGAUAAUGCCAUCAUUUUAGAAGCAUACUAUGUGUACAGAAGGAGGGGUCAUUGAACCCCUCCAGAUAAGCCUUUGGUGAAGGUUGUUUCCAUACACAGGGAAUUAAUGAACGUUUUAUUUUGUAGUUUCA